AUGCCACUGCCGCCAUGUCGGGACUACAUGUACACUGGGAAAGUCAGAUCAACGGAAAAGAUCCUGAGUACUCAGAGGAGGCAGAUCCGAAUUGACAGAUGGUGUACCUUACAGGUCUGCCAUGACUUCGCUGUCCUAGAGAUUUGGUCGGAAUCCUUGGAUGGUGACAAGGGAAGCCGGUUGAAAGUGCGACGUGCUGUGUAUGAGGACCUCCUGUCUCAGGAUCCUGAGAAGUGGUUUCUUUGUGAGAUACAGGAGACUUGGGGAACGACAUGGAUUGCCGCUUGGAAUGACCCACAUGUUAGUGAAGGCACUCAAGAGGACCAAGGCCCACAUGUGCCCAUGGUGGAUCACCUCAUUGCGACACAGGCGACUCUCGAAUGGCUUGUGGGGAUGAACGAAGAGGUCUUUUUUCGCCAAAGUAUCGAAACGAUCUACAUGGUGAAUGUUCUAGUACCCACGUGGAUUGUAGAAGAUCUGUUGUCCAUGCGGCUGACGGCACAAGACACCAUGUCCAGGCUUGACCAGUCUAAGCAGAUGCUGAUAAUUGAAAGAAACCCUGUUUCACCCACUGCAAGCUGGGAAGAAGAACGCUGCCACUUCAAUGCACUUCGGAUCACACAGGGAAAAGCCACACUGGUUAUCCGUAUGACUAAAGAGGUACAGGUUCUUGCAAUCCUGAGGAUACUGUAUCAUACACCAACGAAUGCAAAUCUUCAAUGGCAACCACGCGGGGAUGCAUCCACAAAGCUCCCCCUUUUCAUGGAAGACACCUUACCUGCAGAUGGCAUGCACAUCGUGGACUUCAUGACGGGGCCCCUUUCGCUUGAAGAGCACAUGUUCGUGAGCAGAAAGUCGGAUUAUGUCAUUGCACUCACGCCAAGUGGCAUUUUCGUGAUGUUGAGAUCCAAGAUGGGGGCGAUUGAAGACAUUAUCGAGGCUUUGAAUCCUCAUUUCCAGCAAACAAUGAUUUGUCAAGACCACCUUGGACGCAUGCACGGCUUAGAGACACACCCACCAGAUCUGGUUUUCGUGAUGCCCCAAACCAACCCUGUGGAGGUUGACCUUGACAAGCUCAUGAAGCAUCAAUGGACACCUAACCAGGAUAGAGCAGUGAUUGACCUGUCCAUGCAUGAUGCCUUGUGGCUCCUGCACCAAUUCACAGUCCUUGGAUGGAGCGACAUUAUUCGGGCCCUAGGCUGGAAGACUGUACUUGACUCACACCCAGGAAGUGGGAUAACCAGUCCGAAGCAAGUACAACUCAGCAUGACUCGUUGUAGGAAUGCUUCUGGAGUGGCACUCCAAGCCUUGCUUAAUGUUUUGACGACAAGAUUGACACUGCUGCUACUCAACCAGGCAGAACCACCAGAAUCCACAGGUUUUGCGGUGCAAGUCAAACUGUGGGAUAGCUACAUUUGGGAAGGCAUGGUCACACCAGAAACGCUGUCCGGAAAGUUUGCCUCCGCUUGGUCAAAGGCUGCUAGCUGUUUUGGCCGACACGACGAACUUCGAACCAUCAUCAGAGGUCGACGGACAAACCCGGACUGGACCAUCCAGCACUAUUUAGAUGACAAUGCCACUCGUGAUAGACCCCUGAGGAUACACCUCAUCCUGCAGUUGGAAGGUGGAGGGACAAAGGCGGAAGCCGCUGCCAAAUUGAAAGAUGACUUCACAGAACGGGUACUCCAAUUAGGGUACGACCCUAUUGAGGCCAAACAGUUUGUCACUCAAUUGUACCAAGAAGCUGGCGCCGCAAGACUCCGCCAUGUUCUUGCACUGAAGGAAGAAGAGGCAUUUGUACAACAAUGCACCUUGCUCUCGCAACAGACACGCAUUAAGUUGCCAGAAAGGUUCGACCUUGAAGCCGAGCGAACCAAGAAGAUUAAAUUGCAGUGGCGGAGCAAAGUAGCUGAGCCAUUUCCAGUGAAUCCUGCUGAACUGACCGUGGAGCCAGGCACCUUCUGCAGAGCAGAUGAUACCGAGGUCAAAAUGCAGGAGCAGGCCAUGCUCGUGGUGUGGCGACAUGAAUGCCCAGAGGAGACUUGGAUGCACUUAAUUGAAGCACCAAUUCAGACAGUCUUCAAGCAGCUGCAGAUCGUACCUUCAGAAGUGAUCGCAGGAGCUCCAGUAGGUGAGUAUCUUUACAAAAUCUCCCCCCUCCCCGAGGGAGUCACAGCUGAAGAUAUCCAAGCCUGGAUCACGCUAGAAAAGCUCCCUGCUAAGAAAUCCAUCGGAGAACUCUCGGAACCGGAACGGAUUGGGGAACUCUCGGAGACUGAGAAUGACACCUCCCCACCCGCCGUCUCAGCAACUGUCAGGGACAAUGGCUUUGACAGCUGCGACAUCCGACACUUGCGGAAGUUGAAGUACUACUUCCAGGCGGCCGCCAUCAAUCAGCUGGGCAUCGCGGAGUGGAGCAAUGCGGUGAUGGUGGACAUGCCGCCUCGCAGCGCCGGGGCCUUCUCCGGCGCAAAAGCCAAAGGAGCUGCGACACAGAAGGCGCUCUCUGCCGAGGAGCUUCGGGAGAGAGGGAAUGCCUUCUUCCGUGAUGGCGCUCACUCCAAGGCUGUCCGCGCCUACGAUGAGGCCAUCCGUGCUGGCCCGUCGGAUGCGCGCUGUUGGGCCAAUCGGGCAGCGGCACAGAUGGCCAUGCUGGCGGAGUUUGGAAAGGGCCUCUCCCCAGCGGCACUGCGUUCUCCUCGUCGAACAGAUGUGAUGAACACCCAGAAACCUGGUGCUGGAGCAAACGUCCACAAAAGCGAGGUGCGCAUGCUCGAUUUGUUCGUCCGGAGCUUCAUUUUUGCUGGACUGGAGAAGCCUAAGAUGUCCCUCAUGUAGCCACUAGAAUGGAACCUGGCAGCUCGUAUUGCUGUGGAUGCAACUUCUUUGAAUGUUUCUUCAUGUUUGUUCCUUCAUUUUGGUGAAACAUCCUCUCAAACAAAGGGCUCCAUAUGUUGCCUUGAUGGCCCAAAGGCUGUGCAAGAGGGGCCCCAAGAUGCAAACAUAUGCAAACCAAUCAAAAACAUGUGAUCAUGGCCGCACACUAGGAAUCACAUUGACGAUCGCAGCUGGUCGGUUCUGUAUGCUGCUUCGGAGUUAGGAGCUGACCCGAGUCGCCAGCGGCUGAGGCACAAACCCAUACUAUACCAAUUCCUUGGAUGACUUGAAACAGAGCUUGAAGCUGGAUCCGAAGUACAUCAAGGCGCACGACUUUGCAUCACAUCCGCUACGAUGGCAUCCGCAGGUGUCACGCACGAAGUUCCCUUUCCGAGUCUUGGUCUCAGGAUGCAUUCAGCUGACGACACUGAACUGGGGGGUGUUCCCAAAAGCGAAAAGUCUAGAUCCAAAGCCCAAUGACGAGGGCUUUUUUAAUUCCAGUAUAUUCCAGUAUAGUCCAGGUGGUUCAGGCCUCAUCCGAGCAGCAUGCUGAGUGUAUGUCUAUGUCUAUACAGAACCAUAUUGACAUUGAUGCAAGGAUGGCCACCCCUUAUCUGUUGAACUAUGGAGGGGGGGGUACAUCUCAGAAAUUCGAAAUAAAUUCCUGGGCCCAGGGUUGCCCACGUUCUUGCGGGUGUUCCUCUCAAUAUCCCGUAGCUCUGGGAGUGGGACCAUUUCGCCAAUCCCGGUUCGACCGAAAACUCGCGGGCCGAAAGGGGCGAUCCCAAAUAUGAGACGGGUGAGUUUCUGGUUUGUGUGCACUUGUGCGCGCCGCCAGUGCUCCCCAUCUGAGGGACCGUCCAGGGGAGAGGAUGAAAAUGGUACUUCCAUGUGGAGUUUGCAGCGUCGUCCUCACCUUUUUGAGGGCCCCAACUAACGCGGCUUCUGUUCCCUCCAAUGGCCUUUAUGGGGGGUAGUUGUGUGCCUGUCACCUCACUGUUUGGCAGAGAUGGCUCGAAGGACCAGAGCCAGGAGCUCAGAUGAACAGAACUGCUAAUGGCUCAGAUGAACAUUCCGACUAUCCCAAGCAUUGAGGGUUUGAUCGUCUCGGUAUAGGAGGUCGCGUAGAGAGACCAUGUAACUUAAGUUUUGGUUUCUAAAACAAAGCCCUUCCACCGUGGUGCCCAGAACAUAAAGGUCGCCACUGGAUGAGUCAUGAUGGGUCUAUCAUGCAGAACGUGCUUGCGAAAUAUCACGAAAGGUAGCCCUUUAGGGGAUACCUUGAGUUUGUCUUGCGAAGCAAGUGUUGGCGCGUCCGGGUCUAAUAAUUGAUCAUUCAAUUCAACCCCCCCCUAGAUAACCCGUCAUGCAAGGACCUCCACCAGUCAUCUUGGGGGAUUCCCAAUUCCUGAAAUGGAGACAAAUCGUCGCUGGGCCACCAAAGGUGACUACAAGAUACUGUAAAGCAAGAUGACUCGUCGCAUCGACUGCUUCGUGUGGCAUCCCGGGAUGCCGUGCGCGGUCACCGCUGCGAGGCCUAUGCCCGGCUGGGACAGCUCCAUUUCAUGGCGGAAGAGUUCACCUCUGCCAUGGAUGUCUACAAGCAGGGGCUGGCACUGGAUCCCGAACAUCCUGAUUGCUUGGCGGGCCAACGUGCUUGCGCCGGCCGCGUUUGACAUGAUUGCGGAGAUGGGGUACUGGAA